CGGCCCGGCCGGCUUGUGGCUGCUGGCCAGUGCACUGUGCUCGUGCUCGGCAGGGCUGCUGUGCUCGUUCGAGGAGGCCGAGUGCCCGUGGGAGUGGGACGACGCGCUCCAGGUGGUCACCGGACGGCAGGCCAACGAGACGGUGCGCCUCCAGCUGCCAGGCACCAUGACGGCGGCGCCGCGCGACGCGGACGGCAACGAGGACGGCCACUACCUCCUGCUGACCAGCGGGGCGGGCGAGGCGCACACGCAGCUCAAGUCGCCCUGGUUCCGGGAGGCCGGCGAGAACUGCCACAUCGAGAUGGACGUCAACUUCUUCGACCCCGACCGCGCCCACAUCGUGGUGGUCAUCAACAAGGAGUCGUCGUCCGACAGUCCGGUUUAUGUUGCCAGCGACCCGGUCUCCACGGACAAAAGACCAGACGCCGGAGGGCACGCCGUGCGACUUCGAGUCAGGCCAGUGCGGGUGGGAGAACGGCCAGGCACACCUCGAGUGGAACUACUACUCGGGGCUGCAGGCGGCUGAGAUGACCGCGCCGGCCGCCGACCACACCUACGGCAACGCCAGCGGUCACUACAUGUUCCUGGACGUGAAGGCGGGCAACUUCUCGAGCUACGGUCUGCUCGUGUCGCCCGUGUUCCCGCCGAUGCCCAAGUACAACAGCGACCGCAACUCACCCUACUACGGGAGCUGCAAGUGCCGCUUCUUCAUCCAUAUGUACGGAGCACACGUGGGCGAGGCGUCGCUCCACAUUGUGGACGCCAACGGCAAGUCGUCUGUGUGGCGGGAGUUUGGCCCGCAGGCCAACGCCUGGGAACGUGUCGUGGCCACGCUGCCCAUCCGCUACAACGCCAGCUACCAACUAGAAUUCCACGGCGUAAGGAGCUUCGGAAACCAGGGAACGAUUGGCAUCGACGACAUUUCGCUCAGUCUCGAGUGUUUCGGCCUCGGUGUGCCGGAGGAGUUCCGGCAAGGCUACAACGUCGACCUCAAGCGACCGGAAACUUGGGUUAUUUCGAAGCCGUCCGUCCCAGAGCCGAACGCGAACGUGUUGACCUUUGGCACGUGCCGGACGACGGGUCAUCUGGGGCCGCAGCAGCGCACCUGCGAUCUCGCCUACCGGAACAGCAGUGUCCAGGUGCAGGUGCUCGAUUACCGGCACUACAAGGGAGUGCAGCGGUGGCGCGUGCCAGCAACCGGCGUCUACUCCCUGGUGGCGAGCGGCGCCAGCGGCGGCAAGGGCUUCGAGUCCUUCAGCCAGGUCAGCAAGGCCUCCACGGCCGUCUCCGUGGUGCACCUCAACAAGGGCGAGGAGAUAUUCAUGGUCGUGGGCCAGGAGGGCACCACCGCCUGCCACAAGGACGCCACUGGCACGACGCGAGAGUCCUGCGACUAUGGCGUGCCGCGCACCAUCGCCUCGCUCUCGCGCCUGCACAGGGUCACCGGGCUGUGGCGCUCGCGCCGCCACCGCGCGUCCCGCGAUACGAGCAGUGAGCUUCUCAAGCGUCUCAGGAAGAUCCAGUUCGAGGGUGGCGGCGGUGGCGGCGGCGGCGGCACGUUCGUCUUCCAGGUGAAGGACCAGCUGCAGGUGCCGCUGGUGGUGGCGGCUGGCGGCGGUGGCCUCUCCAACAACAAAAACGACUUAGCGUCGCCGCACGGCCGCGGCGAGAACCACACCGUCGGCCACGGCAACGGGCGCGCCUCAGAGCCUUACGGAGCCGAUCUGGCCUGCUCUAGAUCCGGCUGCGUCAGCGUCGGUCUGGUCUAG